AUGGCAUCAAAAGAGCUCUACAACGUUUUCAGAGAGAAUUUUUUAACGUGCCAUAUAUGUCUGGAGGAAUAUACAGACCCGAGAGUGCUCCCCUGUUACCACACGUUCUGCCUGGAUUGUAUUGCUGACCAUGCAGCCAAAAAUGGAGUGCAGAACAAGUUCUCCUGUCCCGUGUGUCGCCAAGACGCCUCCGUACCUCCAGGCGGAUUAGCAACUCUCGUGAAAAACUUCUUCUUAAUAAACGUGACAGACUUCAUGAAAGGUCAGAAGGCACCAGAGGGGAGACUUUGUGAUUAUUGUAAGCAUAUAGAGGCCACUAUGUUGUGCCAAGGAUGCCCCAAGACCAACCAACUGUGUGUUACAUGUCGUGAAUUGCACGACAACAUCCCGGCCUUAAAUGGACACCACUUUUUGCCUCUGUCACAAGUCGACUUCUCAGUUGAUCCAGCUAACGUACGCGAACAGUUACGUCAAGUAUUAGAUAAAGCUCAAUUUUGCGACAAACAUGCCGGCGAACAGCUUGCAUUCUAUUGUCAAAACGAUGACACUGUCAUAUGCAGGGAAUGCAUCGUAGAAACCCACAGCAAACACGAUUUCAAAAAAAUAGGAGAUGUGGUGAUGUUUCAACGUAGUCUAAUAGUAGACAGGCUAAAAUGUCUCCCAACUGAAAAACUGUCUCGUUUGGAGAAGGCGGAAAAGGCCAUUGCACGAACGGAAGCGAGUCUGACGGAAAACCAGAGGAGGGUUCUUCGUUUGGUGGAUUCUCAAAGAGUUACUAUGACACAGGAGAUACAUGAUAACAGUAAAAUUAUAGAGAGGGAACUGAACGAUUGUUACCAGCAAAUAGAACAAGACGUACGUAAACAAACAGACGCAUAUUUGACCAGUGUAAAGCAUCAUUUGGUAAUGUAUCGAACAAAGGUACAAUCCAAUUAUACCAAAAUGAGAAAGUUUAUAGAUGAUAAAAGCAACGCAGUAUCAGAAGAAGUUAUGGUACUCACCUCUGCUCAGGUGAAGACUUUAGAAGCUGAAAAGGACAAGCAAGAAAUGCUCAAAAUUUGCAUUCAUAGUAUUCGUGAUUUCGCUCAGCAGCUCACAGACACAGGUUCUGAUAUCGAGGUCAUGACCCACUCUAAAAAAAUCCAAGCUAGAAUUAAAGACUUACAGACAGUAGAACCUGUCUUUGAUACCAAGAUCAUCGACAUAAAAUUUACACCAGGGAAAACAAAAAUGGACCUGGCGCUACAGUUUCCAAAAAUUCCAGAACCACAGCUAUCAAUCAAAACGGGGUCCAUCACGGCGAAGACAUAUGGUGGUCCUUUGGAUGCAUAUUUCGGAUGUUUGGAACAAGAGACAGUGCACUGUCCAGAAUUGCAACAAUUUCAGAGAGUAGCGUUGUUAAAAACGCCAGAGCGAACGCGUUGUUUUAAUGUCAAGGGUUGGCUUUUGGAUAUUCAGUGCACAGAUGACGGUUGCACUUUAGCUGUUCAAGGUGAUGCAGUGUCCAUUGUCUCCAGUGCAAGUCAGUAUAAUCGUGAGAUCAGUAUAGAGGGAGGGGUGGGGUGUAUCUCUACAGCAUGCGACUGCGAGGGUGACUGUGUACUGGUUUAUGCGAUCCGCCUUGGUUUACUAGAGUUAGAGUAA